AUGGCUGACCUCUCGGACAUCGGACUCUACGGCCUGGCCGUCAUGGGCCAGAACUUCGCGCUCAACAUGGCGUCGCACGGCUUCAAGGUGUCGGUGUGCAACCGCUCGCCCGACAAGGUGGACGCCACGGUGCAGCGCGCCAAGGACGAGGGCAACCUGCCGCUCGUGGGCUACAAGGACAUGAAGGAGUUCGUGGCCUCGCUGGCGCGCCCGCGCAAGGUCGUGAUCCUCGUGGUGGCCGGCAAGCCCGUGGACCUGACGAUCGCCGCGCUCUCCGAGUUCAUGGAGCCCGGCGACAUCAUCGUGGACGGCGGCAACGAGUGGUUCCCCAACAGCGUGCGCCGCGCCAGCGAGCUGGAGCCCAAGGGCAUCCACUUCGUGGGCAUGGGCGUGUCCGGCGGCGAGGAGGGCGCGCGCAACGGCCCGUCGCUCAUGCCCGGCGGCCCCAAGGAGGCCUUCGACGCGCUCGAGCCCAUCAUCACCAAGUGCGCCGCCCAGGUGGACGACGGCGCGUGCACCACGUACCUGGGCCCCAUCGGCUCGGGCAACUACGUCAAGAUGGUGCACAACGGCAUCGAGUACGGCGACAUGCAGCUCAUCGCCGAGGCCUACGACAUCCUCAAGAUCGCCGGCGGCCUGUCCAACGAGGAGCUGGCCAGCGUCUUCGACGAGUGGAACAAGAGCGAGCUCGAGUCGUUCCUCAUCGAGAUCACGGCCCAGAUCUUCGCCAAGAAAGACGACCUCACGGACGACGGCUACGUCGUGGACAAGAUCCUCGACAAGACGGGCAUGAAGGGCACGGGCCGCUGGACCGUGCAGGAGGCCGCCGAGCGCUCCAUCGCCGCUCCCACCAUCACCGCGUCGCUGGACGCGCGCUACCUGAGCGCGCGCAAGGAGGAGCGCGUGUUCGCGUCCAAGAUCCUGUCGGGCCCGUCGGAGAUCCCCGCCGUGGACAAGCAGCAGCUCAUCGACGACGUGCGCCAGGCGCUGUACGCCUCCAAGAUCUGCUCGUACGCGCAGGGCCUGAACCUCAUCCGUGAGGCCGGCGUGCAAAUGGGCUGGAACGUCGAUCUGGGCGAGUGCGCGCGCAUCUGGAAGGGCGGCUGCAUCAUCCGCGCCAAGUUCCUGGACCGCAUCAAGCAGGCGUACGCCAAGGACGCGUCGCUCAUCUCGCUGCUCGUGGACCCGGACUUCGCCGCUGAGCUGCAGGCCCGCCAGUACUCGUGGCGCCGCGUCGUGUCGCUCGCCGUGGCCAGCGGCAUCCCCACGCCCUCGUUCGCGGGCUCGCUCAACUACUACGACACGUUCCGUCGCGAGCGCCUGCCGGCCAACCUGACGCAGGCCCAGCGCGACUUCUUCGGCGGCCACACGUACGAGCGCACGGACCGCGAGGGUCUGUUCCACUGCGCCUGGUCCGCCGCCCACCACAGCAUCGGCGACGUGUCGGAGCGCAUCCGCGGCAACCUGUAAGCAAGCUUCUUGCUCGCUCGCUCGUAGCUACGGCAGCGCGAUAGUAUCUGUGCAGCUUCACCCCAUGCUGCCAGCCGCAGGCCUCGUGAGUUUGAUACCGGUGAUCAAUGCCAGCUUUAUUCUUUAACGUUCUC